AUGGUCUAUGUAAACGGUCAGGUACGUCCUACAGUACUAACCGAGUCUGUUACCGGUACUGCCUUCCCCACUGCACUGCUCGACUCUGGGGUGCCAUUUAUCGUCAUGACAUCGUCUAUCGCACACGAAAUAUAUGGCGCACUGGGCAUAAGCCCAGCCUCGGACAGCAAUUACUAUGUCCCUUGUACGACACCGCUCAACAUGACCAUUACUCUCGACGGUCAACCCGAACUACCCAUCCACCCACUCAACCUCACCAGCGAGCCGUCUGGGCAGCACAACUCACAGUACUGCAUCGGCCUUAUACAGGCUGACGAGUCACAACUUACUGCUAAUUUUGACAUCGGGGACAUGGUCCUUGGCGUUCCUUUCAUGCGCAACGUCUACGCCGUGCUUGCAUACGAAUCCCCACCCCUUAACAUGUCUGUUUACGCUGGAAUCCGACCAACACUCGGACUUAUGGGGCUCACGAAUAUAACCCGAGUGCUUGAUGAGUUGAACAACGUGCGCAUCCUCAAUCAACCACUUGACGGCGCACCACCGCCACAGGCCGCUUUUUCAAGCGAACCAAAGAUGUCAGUGGGCCUCGAACUUCUUAUUGGCCUGAUUGGCUUCUUCGCAUUAUGUGUCACACUUUUCGGGUUGAAAUGGUUCAUGACACAGCGGCAGUGGAAGGAACAGGGAAUGGUUGACACAGAAGGGAAGAAAAGCGAAGGCGAGUAUGGGGUCUAUCAACUUACGAGGCGCAAUUCGCAGUCAAGCGAUGAUGCUCCUGUUAGUACUCUCAGGACGCUGCAUACGCUACGAGGAAACAGAAAGUGUGUCCCAUAUACUUUCGACUCAAACAGGACCCGUGUUGAGCUAGAUCCAGUCGACGAGUUUGGAGGGCGUUCAGAGUGUCAGCAUGGAUUCAAGGAUCGGUUCAACGCUCUCAGAUACAGGGCAGAUAUCACAAGACAUUGGCAAGAGCUGGCCAUGGGACCCCUCAAGAUUCAUCUAUGGAACCGUUCUGGCAGUCAUCGAUGCAUUGGACAAGAGCGGCGACGAGAUUGGGAACAGAGUCUCCGUCUGUUCGCUGGCGACCUGAACACUUCCCGUCCCUUUGAGGAUAUUGGGGAUGCUCUACACUUGGUGUCGCAUGUUCUUCGUAUUUCCACAGAUGAAACCCCGUUUGACUCCACAGAACAUGACAUCCAACUUUAG